UGCGGUGGGAGAAGUGAUCAGAGGGUUGUGGAGGUCCUGACAGCCUGAAAACGUGGAGGGUGGGGACGUUUGCCUUUCCUGCUCAGGUUUAAAUCAUCAUGGCCAAUGAACCUGUCAUCCUUAACGUCUAUGACAUGUACUGGAUCAACGAAUACACAUCCAAUCUGGGGAUUGGAGUCUUCCACUCAGGCAUUGAGAUUUACGGCAGAGAGUUUGCAUACGGCGGUCACCCAUACCCGUUCAGCGGCAUCUUUGAAAUCAACCCGGGGAACGCCGCCGAGCUGGGAGAGACGUUUAAAUUCAAGGAGGCCAUCGUUUUGGGCACCACAGACUUCACAGAGGAGGACAUCGAUAAAAUCAUGGAGGAGCUUGGGAAAGAGUUCAGAGGAAACGCCUACCAUCUAAUGCACAAAAACUGCAACCACUUCUCCUCCUCGCUGUCUGAGUUGCUGUGCGGACGGGAAAUCCCUCGCUGGGUCAACAGACUGGCUUACUUCAGCUCGUGCAUCCCCUUCCUGCAGAGCUGCCUACCCAAGGAGUGGUUGACCCCGGCCGCCCUGCAGAGCCACAUCAGCCUCGGCCUCCACAAAGAGGAGCAGAACGAGUCGAGCGACGACGACCCUUCAUCCCCGACGGGAGCGGGGGCCACUGGCUCGUCCCACAGCUGUCGCCACACCAGGGUGUGAACCGCCCCGAGUCCACGACCCUCUGGGCCCUCGUGCCAUCUCUGCUAGUGGCACUCAUGGGCUUGAACAACCACCUGACCUCAUACUGUUUGUCCUCUGAGUGAAGAGGCAGGAAAAGAAGAGCUUUCUCUUCUGAUUGAGGUGCUGCCGCAGACUUUCGAGCCUCUUCCUGUCCUUUCUGCAGACGACAGGAUGACACGGCGAACUUUAACCCGAGCGCUGAAGCCAGGCUCAAACUUGAUAAACACCACUUGCAGAUCUGAAGUUUGUAGUCAGUAUUAUUACUCUUUUCCAUGAACUUUUAAACCUUUGUCAGCCUUGUUCCCUGCCUUCAGAGCUGCUUUUGUAGAAUUAGAUAAACACCCGAGGCUUCUUAUAGUGACUUUACCAGGAAAUCAGCUAAAUUCAACAAGUUCUCGUUCUAAACCUCUAUGUGGCCUUUGGUUGUUGACUCUGCUUUCUUUUUAGACCUUACCUAGAUUAACUUUGGCCAUAUUAGAGGGUUAACGGGUUUAAAGAGGAUUUGAUUGUUCCUCUAGCUCAGUCUGAACUCCCCCCAAAAUAAUGCAUGUUGAAUUUGACAAAUUGAAGCCACUUUUCUGAUCCAAUCAUCAACUCAACUUCUCUUUUUUCCUCUUUUUAAACAAUCUGACCUAAGACUUGUUAUAAACGGUAAACUUCUGGUUACUGCCCGUGAGAUUAGCUCAAACAAUCAAGGUUAAAGUCUGUUCACGCGGCCUCAGGCGGCCCGCUGAACAUCUCAGAGACGCAAAGAAAGUCAAGCUGCUACUCUGACAUCUACUGACUUUGUGAUGCGUUACAGUUUUGUCUACGCUUUUAUAUCAAAACCGUCUCUUUUUAGAAUAAUGGUGUGACGCUUUCUGGAGAGGACAUGCUCAUGAAAACCCACAGAACGAUCCUAGGUGGGUAAUUCUGGUCUGAUCACCUUUUUCAAUGAAAUGGAUAAAGUCUGAGAAACCGUACGGAAUAAAAUCGCUAAAUUCACCUGAUAAUACAUGAGUUUUAACAGUUUUAAAAUGCAGAGAAAAUUUGCUUUCCUGCUGGAGUUAGGUGCACACAUCGGUACCAUUUUUAUGUCAGCAUGAUUCUUCUAACGUAGGGGUGUCAAACUCAGUCAUAGCAGGGGCUGAAUUCUGAAUUUGGGCCUAACCUGAGGGCCGAACAGGGUCAACAUUUAACCAUUAACUGUCAACCUCAUUUUCACCGGUGAUGAAUUAUUGGGAAAGAAAGACUUAGCACUGAUAAGAAAUGAUUUUGAGACUUGUUUAAAGACUCAAAUUCAGAGAUAAAAGACAAAAUUAUUUAUUUAAAAGGUCAAAAAAUGACAUUUAAAGUCAAAAUAAUGUUUUUAAAAGGUUAAUAAAUGAGAUAGUCUUAAAACCCUGAUUAUUAAAAGUCAUAAUAUAAAAUAAAAAUUCAAAUCACAAGUUUUAAUGGUAAAAAAUAAGACAGAAUUCAAAAUCAUGUGUUUUAGAAGUCAGGUUAUAAAAUAAACGUCAAAAUCAUGAGUCUAAAAGGUAAAAAAAAAAAUACAUUUCAAAAUCAUGAGGUUUUUAGGUCAAUAUAUGAGAUGAAUUCGAAAUUGUGAGUUUUAAAAGUCAAAAAGACAAUUCAAAAUAAUUUGUUUUAAAGAUCAAAAUAUGAGACAAAAUAUUUAAAUUUAAGUCUGAAAGGUCA